AUGUCAACCGCGCCUCCACCACCAAAGCACGUCCUCCGCAACCACGGCGCGCCCGUCUCCGCCCUCUGGGUCUCGGACGACAACGAGCGCGUGUACUCGGGAGACGGCGCCGGCACCGUCGUCGCAACCUCGACCCGCACGCUCCGCGCGCUCGCCGUGUGGGCCGCACACACCGACGGCGUGCUCGGCGUGCAGGAGUGGGGGCCGCGCGUCAUCACACACGGGCGGGACAACAAGCUGCACGUUUGGACGGGCCCACACGCCGCCGAGCCCGGGGCUGCCCGCCCAGCGUGCGCGGGCGCGGGCGCGGUCGACGUGGACGCGGGGUCGGCAGCGCUGCCCGGCCUGCACGUCCCUGCGCUGCUGUACUCCCUCGACGUGAACGCGCUCAACUACUGCCGGUUCUCGCUCCUCGUGCCCGCCCCGCCGAUCGCGGGGUCUGCGCCAGGGCCCGCUGAAGAAGAGGCGCUGCUGGCGGUGCCGAACCUCGUCGAGUCGGCAUACGCGGACGUGUGGACGCUGCCCGGGAAGCAGCGGUUGCACGCGGCGAUCGGAAAGGGAGGGCAAGACCUCGCCGCGGACGGGCGGGACGUGCGCAACCCGACCGGCCUCAUCAUGUCGAUGCACCUCUCGGCGGCGCCGCACCCGAGCGCCGCGGGGCGCGCACGCCUGCGCCUGCUCGCCGGGUACGAGAACGGGAGCGUCACGGCGCGCGAGUACGCGCGCGACGGCCGGCCGCAGUCCGUCGAGGGCGUCGGGUGGAACGUGCUCUGGACGGUGAAGUCCCACGUCGAGUCCGUGAUGGGCAUGGCCGUGUCCUGGGACGGAACGUUCGCGCUGUCGGUCUCGGCCGACCAUCUGAUCGGAAAGUACAACUUGCUGGAGGCCGAGCGGCCUGAGACACUGCAGUCCGCCUGUCAGGCACAUCGGACGAAGACACCGGGGAACGCGGCGGUGGCUAUUCGAGACGAUGGCCGCGUGUGCGCCGUGGGGGGCUGGGACGGCCGCGUCCGGUUGUACUCCACGAAAACGUUCAAGCCUCUGGGAACCCUCGCAUAUCACAAGAAGAACUGCCAGAUGGUCGCAUUUGCGCACGUCGCGCCGGGCGGAAGCGAUCCGUCAGAGGACGAAGACAUGAGCGAGGCGGAGGAAGCAGAGCGCGCGCGGUGGCUCGUCUCGGGCGGACAAGAUAGUCGAGUGGCGAUCUGGAGUCUGAUGGACUUCUCAAAAACAUAG